AUGGCCUCUGCUACUCGCACCUUCGCCCGCGCUCUGCGCACCUCUGCUCGCCCGGCUAUCAACGCCGCUCCCCGCGCCGCUUUCCGCCAGAGCGCCCGCUUCUACUCCGCCAAGCCCACCGGUGGCAGCUCCAGCAACGGCCUCCUCUACGGCCUUGCCGGUGCCGGUCUCCUCGGCGGUGGUGCUUUCUACCUCUACAGCAACGACAGCAACGUCGCCCCCAAGCUGUUCGUCCCCAAGUUCGAGGACUACCAGAAGGUGUACAACGAGAUUGCCAGCCGUCUCGAGGAGAAGGAGGACUACGAUGAUGGCAGCUACGGCCCCGUUCUCGUCCGUCUCGCUUGGCACGCCAGCGGUACCUACGACAAGGAGACCGGCACUGGUGGCAGCAACGGCGCCACUAUGCGCUUCUCUCCCGAGAGUGACCACGGUGCAAACGCUGGUCUCAAGGCUGCCCGUGACUUCCUUGAGCCUGUGAAGGCCAAGUUCCCCUGGAUCACCUACUCCGAUCUUUGGAUUCUUGCCGGUGUUUGCGCCAUCCAGGAGAUGAUGGGCCCCACCAUCCCCUACCGUGCCGGCCGCCAGGACCGUGACGUCGCUGCCUGCACUCCUGAUGGCCGUCUUCCCGAUGCCGCUCAGGCCCAGGACCACCUCCGAAACAUCUUCUACCGCAUGGGCUUCAACGACCAGGAGAUCGUCGCUCUCUGCGGUGCCCACGCUCUCGGCCGCUGCCACACCGACCGCUCCGGCUACUCGGGCCCCUGGACCUUCUCCCCUACCGUCCUGACCAACGACUACUACAAGCUUCUCCUUGAGGAGAAGUGGCAGUGGAAGAAGUGGAACGGCCCCAAGCAGUAUGAGGACAAGAAGACCCAGACCCUCAUGAUGCUUCCCGCCGACAUGGCCAUCAUUCAGGACAAGAAGUUCAAGGAGUGGGUCAAGGUUUACGCCGCCGACAACGACAAGUUCUUCGAGGACUUCUCCGCCGUCGUCAAGAAGCUCUUUGAGCUUGGUGUUCCCUUCAAGGAGGGCACUGAGACCUGGACCUUCAAGCCCGUCAACGCCUAA